AUGCGCAUCAUUUCUCUGCACGUCCUGAAGUGGGCGGAGGAAAACUCCUUCUUCCUGAGUUCGGCCUACGACCUCGGCUUCGUCAGCUGGUACCAGCGGCCCUUCUACAAGGAAACCGUCAACUUCGGCGCACGCACUGCUGCCAAAUGGUUUGAAGUAGAGGACGAGGACUUGAAGUGGGGCAAGCUGGAGGAACUGCUGAAGAAGUACCAGGACCCCAAGGAAGUGGACAAGCUGGAGAAGCUCAAGGACGAGCUGAAGCAGGUGGAAGAGAUCUGCCACAAGAACCUCAACGACCUGCUGAAGAGAGGAGAGGACCUGGACAAGCUGAUGGAGAAGAGCAAGGACGUCAGCAACCUCAGUCUAGACUUCUACAAGCAGGCCAAGAAGGCAAAUUCACGCUGCUGCUCCCUCUCCUGA